UUUUAAAUUGAAACAUUAAUUUACAUAUUUCUAAGGUCGAGUGCUUUAACCAAACAGCUUUAUUUUAAAAUCUCUUUCGAUCACAUGAAAUCUUAUUCAUUUUUUUCUUCGGUCAUUCGUGCUGGAACAUUUGAACAGAAAACAACGUGCAGUGAGUAGGCUUAAAAUGGAUAUUUCAAAGUUAGUGGAACAGAAUAAAGUUUUAAUUCGUGAGAAUGAGUUGAGGAAGAAUCAAGCUUUAGAGCAGUUUCGGAAUUGGCUUAAGAAACAUCCUUUCAUAAAGAAUUGCAGACAAGACGAUGGUUUUUUGUUGAUGUUCCUGCGUACACGAAAAUAUUCUUUUGAUGACACUGCCAAGACAUUUGAAAAUCAUUUUCACUUAAGAAAAAAACAUCCAAAAUGGUUUGAUGCCGAUCCACCAGCUAUGGAAGUAUUGAAAUCAUUAAUACGUUGUGGUUGCGUUUAUGUAUUAAAAGAUAAAGAUAUUGUUGGUCAAACAAUAUUCUGUAUAAAUGCUGCAAAACUUGAUACAACAAAAUUCAAUUCGGACGUUUGUUUUCAUUCAUGUUUCAUGACUUCAUCAGUGGCUAUAGAAGAUGAAGUUACGCAGAUAAUUGGCCUAACCUAUAUUUUGAACUACACAAAUAUCUCAAUGUCAUUCUGCUCAUUAUUUUCUGUUUCCGAUAUAAUUGAUUGGGUGAAAAGCACAGGAUCAUUACCGCAGCGAUUCAAAAAAUUUAUAAUUAUUGGACUUCCAGCAUUUGCUAAUGCUCUUCUUAAUGUAACCAAAAUGGCAAUGACUGAAAAGCAACGUAAUAGAUUAUUGAUAUUGGAUUCAUGCGAUGAGCUAUGUAAACAUGUUGAUCCAUCAAUACUGCCUGAUAUACUUGGAGGAACACAAUCUGAAGAAAAAAUAAUUGAACAUUUUAUCAAAACAGUUGAUGACAAUUUAGAUAAACUAAAAUCCUCAAAUAAUUUCGAAUUUAAAGCAUCGCUUCAAAAUAAUGUAGAAGAAACUGUUGGGAGCUUCAGAAAACUGGAUAUUGAUUAGGCAAUGAAGGCAACGACUGUGAAAUGCUCAAAAAUUUACAUAAAAAAAGAGAAGUGGGAUACAUUUUUUUUAAGUUUAAGUCCAUGCUGUAAUGCACGCUCUUAUUUAGUAAUAACUUUGCUCUUUGGCUAACACAAGGUCGUGUUAAAUCAAACAGCAAUAAUUAUAAAUUAUAUGAAGGUCCAGUAUACAUGCACAAACCAACAUGUUAAUUUAAGUUUGGGACCGUUCAUUCAUCAAUAUCGGCAAAGGGAGGUUUUUCUAUUGUUUUUCUGUUGUUUUUGUAACUGAAUUUAUGAUUGAUCCCUUUACAAUUUCAUUAAAACAUAAAAAAAGAACAAUUGUAAAUUUUUAUGGAUUAUGUGGGUAAUUUUAUGGCACGCGCUUUUAAUAUUUUAUGUAAAAAGCAUUUCAAAUUUUCAUACCAAAAUCCAUGUGCGAAAAUUCACAUGUUUUUCAAACCAAUAUACAAUAAAUAAGCUUAUAAAUUCCCAAAUUACUUUUAUUUUUGUUUUAAUUCUUCAUUUUCUUGAAAACGAAAUAA